AUGCCUUCCUCGCUCCCAGAUCCAGUCUUGGCUCUGUCCAUGGACAACGUCCUCAAGCUUAAUGAUCUCAACCUCGACCAGCUCGCCAACCUCUGGAAUGUCUUCACAAAGUGCAAGGAAUCGCUUGAAUCUGGUCGACGUCUUGAAAACCUCUCAUGGCGUCUGUGGUUCCGCGAAGCUCACAUUCUCCCACCAGAUACCUCGCUUUCGGACCUUACAGACUUCACACCUCUCGACACACCCUUGAUCAGCCGCGCCAACAGCAUCACCGGCAGCUAUAAACCAGUACGUCUUGCAGCAUCAGCAGCUGCUCGUUCAGGUAGCGCGCUUUCGGACCCUGAAGAUGGCAACCAGUCCGAAUACUCGACCGAUAGCGAGGUUGAAGACACUUCCACACGCGCAGCGACCACAUCAUCAUCAUCAGCAGCAGUUACUGCUGCUCCAAGAGCACCAAAGGCAAGCCCUGUUAAGAGAAGAAUUAGGUCGGAACGCAGCAGACCAUCCACACCAGCAUCUUCUAACGCCACUGCACCGCCCCCGUCGCAGCGCGCCAACCAGUCGCACAGGGUUGCAGACACCAUUGCAGAGCGAACGAGCCGUGCCAUGACCGCAGCUUCGCGACGAAGCAAUGUCAACGAUCUCGACGCCGACACAUUGAGGCGCAAGCGUGGCAUUUCGUCUUCCUCGGCCUUCGGCAGCAAGGCCCGCGUCAAGCAGCGUAACCAAGAGGGCGCCUCCCGUCCUCGUCCGCUCAGCUUCCAAGCAGCCCUCGAGAACUUGGUCUUGACAGGUCGCGCUGACAACUUUGCUUCGCUUCGUGGCAAGCAAGGCAGCAUGCCCCGGCUCGAUUCGCACAUGGGCUCAAGCACUGACGCACUCGAUGCUCCACAUAGCCGCUACACUAAUGAUGCCGACCACUCAGGGCACAACAGCGCGCCCGCAGAGCUGAGCCCUAUCCAAAGCUCUAGUAUCUCGCAAUCAGCCUUGGCAUCGCAACUGCGCCAUUCCCUUGAACCUUGUGCCUCUUCGCCCAAGACGAUGUCACGCGGCGCCUCGCAAAAUCACUGCGACGCACCCGAGACCUGCGGUCCUCUGUCGCCUACCAAGAUCCCUGUUGCAUUGGCCCCCACCGUCGGGGCCAUCUCCAGGCGUGGCUCGCAGACCAUGCUUUCCGAUGCUGUCAACAAACCUUCCGCCAAGAAAGCUACAUUCAAAGCUGCUGACCGCGAGGAUAAGAUCGAGAAUGGUGACAAGGCAUCGGCCUCAGCUUCGACGCAGCAAGUCAUGCCUCCCCUUUGCGGUCUUCCUGAGCCAACGCCUGCCGCAUCUGUCUUUAAGCAAACGGCUCAGAUCGAGCAGCAAACAUCCUCGCCAGCGCCAAAAGCUGGAGAGGCCUUCAGCAACGUCCACGAGCUUCACGCUUCCAUUGGCAUGACCCGUUCGGAAUCAGCUUCAAGCACCUCGACCCAGACUUCGCAGCGAUCUGCAGCUCACGGCGCUGGUGUGCGUCGAACCAGCGAUGCCAAGAUCCGUCCAAGGCAGUCCGCUGGUGGCUUGCACGCUGGCCACGGAUCUAAGUCGUCGACCGGUCUGCACCGAGGUGCCAAGCACAGCAAGAGCUCGGAUAGGAUCGCUGGUGCACCUGCGCGCCCCGCUCCUCGUCACAACCUACUCUCUGGUCUGGCCAUGACUCGUGCUGCCCCCGAACCAGCUCAGACCCAUGCUGUGCCUCGAAAGCCAGUCCCGGCUGAGUCGCAGGCUGCCAAGGCAGCAGCGUCAGCAGCAAAGAAGCCGCCGGUCAAGUUCACCAUGGGUGGUGACGAGACUGACUCGGAAGAGUACGAAGACGAGAGUGACCAUGCCGAAGCUAGCAAGCCCGCAGCGACAACCGCCAAAGCAAACAAAGCCUCUGCUCAUACAAGCACCGCAGCCGGGAAGAGCAAGGAUGCCGAUGAGAUCGUCGAGGUUGAAGGCGAGGGCGACGAAGACGACGAGUGGGCCAGCGACAGUGAAGCCGAGGAGCAAGAGCGCCGAGCGCGUCAGGCUGCUGAGGCUGAGCGCCGCAAGCGUGAGGAAGAGGAGCGUCACAAGAGCAUGUUCCAGAAGCAGCCCAUCCGUUCCAAGUCGGCUGCCGAUGUUCGACUGCUUGCACCGCACCAGAUCACCUCGAACGGUCCCAGCCCGCCCGCUCAACCUGUGCGUGGUUUGCUCAGCUCGCUCUUCCACCCUGACGAGCAGCACUCUCCCCCUGGACAGCUGGCCGGUCGCCCACACGCUUCUGCAGCUGAUUUGAGGACGAAGCCUUCCAUGUCUUUGGCGGCAAGGUCGCCUCCCACCAUACGUCGCCAGCGCGCAGACCGUGACAGCACUGACAGCAGCAGCCAUGCACCUCGAUCGCUCCGUGAUGCAGGCUUGACAGGCUUGACUGGCCUUAAGACGAGCAAGAGUGCCGUUGCUCUGCCUUUGCUGGACACUCACAUCACCCGUUCAUCGACUGCCGGCAAAGCAAGGCAUGAGGAGCAACAUCACCACCACCACCACCAUCAGCACGGUGAGAACAGCGGAAGCCACCACUCGGAUGGCAGUGCCAGCAGCCCAGACUCGCCCGUAGCAAACGCCUCGUUCGAUCGUCCUGGCAGUUUGGCACUUGCCCGUCUGCACGCCUUGACCAACAUGAAGACACACUCGAAGCGUAACUCGACUUCAAGUGGUGCCUCGGAGCAGCAGCACUCUCAAGCACACCCACGACGACACGAGUCUGAGGCCGAUGUGCAGCUGAACAGGGAAGCAUCCUCGCGUUCUUUGCGACUCGAGGUGAGCCCUGAUGACCGAGACUUUGCCAUCUUCUCGCGAGCCUCGGUGACGAACCUGGCCAACAGUCAGCACCGUCAGUCGGCUCCCUCGCUGGCCACACGCCACUCAGACCAACAACCUUCGCGCACACAGCGUGAUGCGCUUGGUUCGGGUUCUCGUUCUAACAGCGAAGGUCUGCCACACCAUCACAGCUCAUCGCAGCAGCAACAAAGCGGCACUAGCAUGUACGGUCCCGUCUCGAUUUCGCGUCCUCGCUCUUCGCUCAACCUGCCGGAAGCAGCGGCUCCUCAGACUCCACGCACCACACGCCGAAACAUGCUCCGCGAUGAGCUCUCGGAGUCGCUUCGACAGAAUUUGCUGUGGGAACGCCAGAGCCGAUCAAGGAUGAUGGGCAUCGGUGCUCCCAUGGCUCUCAUGAAUCAACCGCAGGCGCAUCCAGCUGGCCACCGUCGAGACAACGUUCUCAACGGCAACGCUCUGCGACCUCUUACAAGCACAGGACCUUCUGCUAGCGAGCAGAGGAACGGUGGCGAGCCCAAGCCCAAGCGCUACUCUGAGGAAUGGGGCAGUUUCCACCACAAGGGAUGGUAG